AUCUACGGUCACGACCUGUGUCACUGUCAAGUGUAAGCUGCUAAGAAUUGUGAAUUCUGAAAUUACUCUGAAAAAUUACAAUUUACAUUACAUUUUACAAAUUUGUAUGAAUCUAAACGAGUUCUAAAGAAAACUUUACCUCUUAGAGAACAUUGUAAUAUUUUUUUUUUCCCGGCUCCUUAAUAAUUUCAUUUGUAAUUUAUAUCCUAUUUAAUUCUGUUUAAUUAAUACAUAUUAGAAAUGGCAUCUUCAGUUAACAAGAUCAUCAUAAUUGUGGGCUUCAUAUCAUUGUUUCACUCGGCCUUUUCUGCUGCACAGCACCGUUCAUACUUACGAAUCACUUCACAAGAGUUUACAGCACUACCUCUAGAUAUUAUCAUCCAAGCUGUAGUAAGCUUAUUUGCAGUUAUUUGGGGAGUGCUAAACAUUUCUGGAAAGCUACGUGAGAUCCCAGCUGCAAAUGAACUGAAUAACAUAAAGUGGGAGACCCAGCGCAAUUUAUCCUCAUUCUACAUAUUCAACCAUAGAGGAAGAGCGUUGGCUUUUGACUUUGUGCCCACAACUAGUAAAGAAGAUUUAGAAAAAUUAGAAUAGUGAGCUAGAAAUAAGUCAUAAUAUUAUGUUAUUUAUUUAAUAAAUAGACUUGAGGACAAUUAUAAUUUAAUUGGAAAUUUGGUUCU